AUGGCUCCUCGUGACGACAAACCUUUGAUCGAAUUUCAUGAUGCUUCACGCAUGCCUGAUCCCCAAUUCUACUCUCAUUCAGUGAGCCUGAGCCAGGCGAGCAAAUUAGUCUUUACCUCGGGCGUCAUAGCUGUCCGGCCAGAUGGCACGUUCCCAGAGACACUUGAGGAGCAAGCCAGGACUGUGUACGAAAACUUGAAAGAUGUUCUGAAAAACUCGGGUGCGACUCCUCGAGAUUUGAUCAAAGUCACCUUCUACCCAGUGGAUUGGUCGUUCGACCAAGCUGAGGCGUUGUUCAAGCCUUUCUUCGAGUUUAUCACAGAUGAUUAUGGCAUAACAUAUCGACCGAUCACAACUUUGAUCCCAGUCACCCAGCUGGCUUUUCCAGGACCAAAGCUGGAAAUCGAGGUUGUAGCUGCCAUAGGUGGUCAUGCUACUCCUUAUGUCAACCCUGCAAUCCAGAAGUUCAAGCGUCCGGUGCCUCCAUUAAAAGUAGACGUGGUGGUAGUGGGUGGAGGAUUCAGUGGGAUUCAAGCAGCCUGGGAUUUGCAUAAGGCCGGGUUGACAUCCAUCGUCCUUGAAGCGAAACAUCGAAUUGGAGGCCGAAGUCGCACGGCACCACUUCGCAGUGGUCCAGGCUUGAUCGAGCUAGGAGCCACGUGGAUCAACCAGAAGACACAGCCAAAGGCGUAUGCCACUGCUAAGCGACUCAACUUGGAUAUGGUGGAGCAGUAUGUUGAAGGAGAUGAAAUAUGGCAAUUGGGUGAUGGCACGAUAUUGAGAACCGCUCCCGGAAGUGAAGCGGCUGAUUUGGUGGUAACCGUCAACGGAGCAUUGUACCAAGCAUUUGAGAGCGACAUGGAGGCAAUAAAUAUUCACAACCCUACCCAGGUCUCGGCCAGCCUCGACACAUCCUUGGAUGCGUGGGGAGACAAGAAAGGACUUACCGACGAGACGUCCCGAGACGCGUUGAGAUUCUUCAGUGGCGCGGUCGUGGGUCGAGAACCCCAGGAGGUUGGGAGUCAUUAUUUCCUCGACUAUGUCAAGUCAGGUGGUGGCUUUCUCAGUCUUGCAACUGAAGGCCCAGAUGGGGCACAGUCUUUGAAAAUCAAGCAAGGAACUUCGGCCAUCACAGACGGUCUUGCAAACGAGUUGCCUCCAGGCUCGGUUUUCGUCAACAGCGCGGUAGACAGUAUCCAUCAGACCCAAGAUGGCGCCCUCGUCGAGACUGCAACCGGCAACCGGAUCUUUGCACGAAAGGUUGUUAUUGCGAUCCCUACAAACACUUAUAGCAAUAUCAAUUUCUCUCCACCACUGCCCCCAGCAAAACGUGCGCUGGUAUCCCGGACCAAGCCAGGCGUGUACGCGAAGAUGAUCUUGACGUACACCACAGCAUGGUGGAAGGAUGCUGGUCUUCAGGGCAAGUUUACCAGCAUGAAAGGCCCUAUCUGCUUUUCGUGGGACAUCUCAGACGAUUCAAAGAAGCAAUAUUCGUUGGCACUUUUCAUUGCCGGAAGUGUUGCUGCUAAAUGGAGUGAGCUUGAUGAACUGCAGCGACAGGAAUCGGUGAUCGAUCAUCUAGCAGAAUUGGUCGGCCCUGAGAAUUCUAAUGCUGCUCGCGAUGUCCUGGAGGUGAACUACAUCAACUGGACAGAGGAAGCUUACCUAGGCGGCGCACCGACUUCGUCCAUAGGUCCAGGACUGUUAUCGAAGUAUGGAGACGCUUUGAGGAAACCAUUCCACCAUAUCCACUUUGCAGGCGGAGAAACGGCGUAUGAGUGGAAGGGCUACUUGGAAGGAGCGUUGUUGGCUGGUUCACGAGCUGCCAGUGAGGUCGUUUCGCUGACGAGAGAAGCGAGGAAAAAACCUGCUCCAUCAGCACACCUAUGA